CAAAUACCGAUAUGAUUGAUGAACGAGAAGCCUUUCUCGUUAAUGCUGCUGCCGCAACUAGAAAGUUUACUCUCAAACCAAGGAUAGACUAUAGGACUGUAUCUAGUGUCAAUGGACCACUGGUCGUAUUAGAAAAUGUCAAGUUUCCUCGUUUCGCCGAGAUUGUUAAUCUAACAUUACCGGAUGGAUCACGUCGUGCUGGACAAGUACUGGAAGUUCAGGGGAAAAGAGCUGUCGUACAGGUUUUCGAGGGUACUUCCGGUAUAGAUGCCAAAGCGACUCAUGUGGAAUUCACAGGCGAUACUCUCAAGAUUCCCGUGUCGGAGGACAUGUUAGGACGUAUUUUCAACGGAUCUGGAAAGUCGAUAGACAAGGGACCUAAAGUAUUUGCAGAAGAUUUUUUAGAUAUUAAUGGAUCACCAAUCAACCCAUAUUCACGUAUUUACCCCGAGGAAAUGAUUCAGACGGGCAUUUCAGCAAUCGACACAAUGAACUCGAUCGCACGUGGACAGAAGAUACCUAUCUUUUCAGCUGCAGGGUUACCGCAUAACGAAAUUGCAGCACAGAUCUGUCGUCAAGCCGGUUUGGUCAAGAAAAUAGACAAGGGUGUGUUUGAUGACCAUGAGGAUAACUUCUCUAUCGUGUUCGCUGCUAUGGGUGUAAACAUGGAAACAGCACGCUUCUUUAAACAAGACUUUGAGGAGAACGGUUCUAUCGAGAGAGUAACGCUCUUUUUGAAUUUGGCUAAUGAUACAACGAUUGAACGUAUUAUUACUCCUCGUCUAGCUUUAACUACAGCAGAGUACUAUGCCUACCAGCUUGAGAAGCAUGUAUUGGUUAUUUUGACCGACAUGUCUUCAUAUGCUGAUGCGUUACGUGAGGUUUCUGCUGCUCGUGAAGAAGUACCAGGUCGUCGUGGUUAUCCUGGUUAUAUGUAUACCGAUUUAUCUACCAUUUAUGAGCGUGCCGGACGUGUAGAAGGAAGAAACGGCAGUAUUACGCAGAUUCCCAUAUUGACUAUGCCUAAUGAUG